UGCAAGUAAACUUUAGUUGAUUAAUGAGUCAAUCCAUGCUCUGUAAUUAAAACGAAUUUCAGAUUCCGAAUAAUUUUAUGAAGCACACCAUUACAACUUACAAGUACACUCUUUUGCUUGUAGUGCUCUUCUCCUCAUAACAGAGAUGGCAAAUGCAGAUGCAGGUGAAUCUUCUGAAACCAACAAGAGUAACUACGACAUUUUCUUGAGCUUUAGGGGUGAGGACACGCGUCACACCUUCACAGGUUAUCUCUACGAAGCUUUGUCCCGCAAGGGAAUCAAAACCUUCAUGGACAAUGAGAAUCUCAGGAUAGGCGACUCUAUUGGACCUAAUCUUCUUAAAACAAUUGAACAUUCAAGGAUUUCGAUUGUUGUUUUCUCUGAAAAUUAUGCUGCUUCCAAGUGGUGCCUUGAUGAACUCGUGAAGAUCCUCGAGUGCCGGAACGAGAAGAAUAUGCUCUUGUUUCCAAUCUUCUACAAAGUAGCUCCCUCUGAUGUACGGUAUCAGAGAAAGAGUUAUGAAAAAGCCAUGGCUGCUCACGAACUUAGGUAUGGUUGUGGCUCUGAGAAGGUGAAGAAAUGGAGGUCAGCAUUGUUUGAUGUAUCCCAAAUUUCAGGACAUGUUUUGAGAGAGGGGUAUGAAUACAAGUUCAUUCAAGAUAUUGUUUGCAAGGCCGAUGCUAAAUUACUAUCUUCAAAACAGUUACACAUUGAUGAGGACAUGGUUGGGCUGCAGUUUAAAGUUGAGGAAGUGAAGUCACUUCUAGAUCUCAAGUCUAGUGACAGCACUUCCAUGGUGGGGAUUUAUGGAAUUGGUGGUAUUGGCAAAACAACACUUGCGAAAGCUUUGUAUAACACCAUCUGCAACCAGUUUGAAGGAGCUUGUUUUCUCUUCGAUGUCAGAAAAACUUCAAAUCAAGAGAAGGGGCAAGUGCAUCUGCAACAAACUCUCUUGUUGGAACUGUUGGAGGAGGGAAAAAUCAAGUUUAGCAGCGUAGAAAAAGGGAUCUCUAUAUUGAAAGACAGACUUGCUGGAAAAAAAGUCCUUGUAGUCCUUGAUGAUGUUGACAACAUGGAACAAUUAAGAGCAUUGGCAGGAAAAUGUGGUUGGUUUGGUUCCGGGAGCAGGAUUAUUAUAACAACAAGGAAUAAAUAUUUGCUAACGGCUCAUCAGGUCAAAAGCAUUUAUGAGAUGAAAUUGUUAAAUGUCUACGAAUCUCUUGAGCUCUUUUGUCUGAAUGCAUUCAAAAUGAGUAGUCCUGCAACAAACUAUGAUGACCUUUCCAUUAGAGCAAUAGGGUAUGCCAAAGGGCUUCCAUUGGCUUUAAAAGUUAUAGGCUCUAAUUUGAUCGGCAAAGAUUUAAAUGAGUGGAAGUCUGCAUUGAAGAAAUAUAAGCGGAAUCCUCAUAGAGAUAUUCAAAGCAUUUUAAGAAUAAGCUAUGAUAGUUUAGAAAGCAAUGAAAAGGACAUUUUUCUUGACAUCGCGUGCUUCUUCAAUGGGCAGAGGUUGGAGUAUGUGAAAAGAAUACUUGAUGGGUGUGAGUUCUACACAGAAGAUGGUCUUAGAAUACUUAUUGAUAGAUCUCUCAUAACAGUUGAAGAUGGUCACUUGAGGAUGCAUGAUCUAAUACAGGAUAUGGGUAGAGAUGUUGUAAAGCAGGAGGCGCCAAAAGAUGCCGCUGAACGUAGUAGAUUAUGGCUUAGAGAAGAUGUCCUUCAAGUACUAACUGAAAAUAGAGGAAGUAGCAAAAUUGAAGGGAUAAAGCUUGAUUGCCUGGAAGAAAAUUUGAUUUCUAGAGCCUUUGAGGAGAUGAAGAAGCUUAGAAUUCUCAUCGUGCGGAACACAAGCUUCUCAUUCGGACGUAUUCAUCUACCAAACCAGUUAAGGCUGCUUGAUUGGAAGGGUUUCCCUUCAAAAUCUUUCCCACCAGAUUUUUAUCCCAAGAAAAUUGCUGCCUUCAACUUACGUUGCAGUCCUCUUGUAUUGAAAAAACCAUUUCAGAAAUUUGAGCAUUUGACCUACAUGAAUUUCUCCUAUUGUCAAUCCAUCACUAGAAUUCCUGAUGUUUCUGGAGCAAAAAAUUUAACAGAAUUGAUACUUAAUAAAUGCAAGAAACUGGUAAAGGUUGAUGAAUCGGUCGGUUUUCUCCCUAACCUUGUUUACUUAAGUGCUUCCGGAUGCAUUCAACUAAGAAGCUUUCUGCCAAGAAUCUUUUUGCCGUCUCUUGAAUUCCUUUCCUUUGACAUGUGUAGAAGACUUGCAUUCUUUCCAGACAUAGUGGGAACAAUGGAUAAGCCAUUAAAAAUUUGUAUGAAAGAUACUGCUAUUAGAGAGCUUCCACCUUCCUUUGCCAAUCUUAGUGGACUUGGUUACUUGGAUAUGUCAAGUUGUAAGCAACUCCAAAAACUACCAAGUGAGCUAUUUGUGUUGCCAAAUUUUGUCACAUUAAAAAUUGGAGGGUGCCCUCAACUUCGGGAAUCAUUUACACAGUUCAAAGGAUGCGAUUCUAGAGCAGAGUGCUGGCCAAAUCUAGAGACUUUGCAUUUCUGCAAUGCCUGUCUAUCAGAUGAAGAUCUUUAUAUGAUUGUACAUAGUUUCCCAAAGCUGAUAGAAUUAAAUGUGUCAUCGAACUAUUUUGUAUCAAUCCCAGCGUACAUUAAGGAAUCUAUUAACUUGACAACUCUUGAUGUGAGUUAUUGCCUGAAGCUACAGCAAAUUCCAGCACUGCCCUCUAGUAUUCAAAAAGUAGAUGCAAGACACUGCAAUUCCUUAACAGCUGACUCAUCAAGUACGCUAUGGUCACAGAUGCCCAGAGAGAUUGAUAGAUUAGAAGUUGCGAUGCCCGAAACAGAGAUUCCAGAAUGGUUGGACUAUCAUGGCCAUGGUGAGAGUCCCAUUUUCUGGGCUCGUGGCAAGUUCCCUGUUGUGGCCUUGGCCUUUGUGGUCGACGAAAUAAACUAUCAAGUUGUUAACCUGCACUUGUUCAUUGACAAUGAGCAUGUAACUGUUCAAAGCCAACAUCUUAUUUUCAAUAUAGCAGAAGAUCAUGUGCUGUUGUUCGACCUGCGUGUUUUAUUCAGAGUUGAGGAGUGGAAGAGGCUUGAUGCUCGUUUCCAACAUGAUAAUUGUUGGAAGUCCAUCCAGGUGAAGUGUGAACCAGACAUCAUCCUGAAAGACUGGGGGGUUCAUGUAUAUAAGAAAGAAACAAACAUGGAUGAUAUCCAAUUCUCAUGUCCAUAUCCAGCUACCUUAGGCUCUGGAUCGUGUAUGGGUUUAAACUUGAUAUGGGUACCAAGAGAUUGGGUGGAGGAAGGAAGUGCAACAGGAACAGAUUCCUCAAGUGAUGUGGAAGAAUUGGAUACUAUUCUACAAGUGAAAGAAGCAUCAUGCUCAAGUCCUUGUGCUGUCUCUUGCAGCUGCUACUGCUCAGCCGGAUCGUCGUCUUUCAAGAAACUUCUUGGUUUUAAGUUCAGAAGACGAUUGUCGAUAAAUAUGAUCAGUCGAUGGCCGGAAGAUGAUGUUGAUGAUAUUGAUUUUAGGAACCAAGAGCCUCUUUCCUUCUCAGAGAACCUCCAAACUGUGAUGGAAAACUUGAGGAGGUUGGCGGCUCCAAGACAAAAGAAAGGCAUGAGCAACGGAGACCAUGACAAUGAUAGCUUGAAAUGGCUGGCUGAGACAGAGAUAUUAAGUGAUGGCGAGUACGAGGACGAAGAGGAAGAGUCAGAUUCAGAAGCAUAGGAUAUGGUGAUUUUGCUCAUGUUUCAUACACACACACACUCUCUUGUACUAAUAUAAUGUACCUAAUCCCUAAACCUUCCAGCUUUCCAGAUUGUCUAAUUUGAGGAUAUUUUUGUUUCAGAUUCAUCUGAUCUCAU